CGCUACGCAUGAAACUUCUGCGCACUCAAGCAGACUAUGAUCAGAGCAUUCUUAUGUGGCAUAUUGCUACUGAGCUCUUAUACAAAACAGAGAAAGCAACAUCAGAGAAUGAAUGUAACCGGGAGUUCAGCAAAAUCCUUUCAGAUUACAUGAUGUACCUCUUAUUCGUGCAGCCUGCUAUGUUGUCAACAGUUGCAGGAAUCGAUAAGACAAGUUUUAUGGAAGCUGUUGCAGAAGUUAAGAAGAGUGGAGAAGCUAAAAAGUUCUUGAAGAGGAAGAACCGUGAAGAUAUAGACCUAGAGAAUGUAUGCAAUGGGAUUUUAUCUUCUCUUGGGGAGUCAAGGGAAAGAAAAGGGAGGAGACAUCAACGCAGGAAUGUGCUAGCUGAUGCGAGUAGACUAGCAAAUGCACUUAAGCAAAUAAGUGGGAGCACAAAGUGGAUGAUAGUGAGCAAUGUGUGGGUGGAGAUGAUUUGCUAUGGAGCAACUUACUGUGACCCCAAACAACAUGUAGCGCAACUAAGCAAAGGAGGUGAAUUCAUCAGCUUUGUUUGGUUAUUGAUGGCUCAUUUUGGUCUCGGAGACCAAUUCCAGACCACAGAGGAGAAUGCUAGAGCCAGACUCAUUGUGGCCAAGUAAAAACUCUACUAUGUUAUUUCCUGU